AGCAUUGUUGCAUCGGCCGCCGCAUGGUUUGUGGAACAAGGGCCCCCGACACUGAUACCGAUACUCUCCGCUCUACUCCCGCUCUAGGCAGGUAUCAGCUAUCACGCCAUAUGCCGGCGGAUGCAAAAAUGCGUCGCCCAUGCCUCCGCUCCCUUGGCGCCAGUGGCCAGGCUGCACGGUCCGAAUAUGUACUUAAAUGACGGCCGCUGUGUACUACGUCGAGCUCCUGGCACCCACCGUUUCGAUGACCAAGCCAUAUAAUUACGACUUGCGUUCGGGGAAUUUGAGCUUGAGCAAGUCUCCAUGGCCACGCGUUCAGAGCCGAGCUCCAACAAGCUCGUCGACGACAAGCACUCCACCGCGGUCGACACCAAGGACGUCGCGGUGCUCGAGUCGCCGUCUGCCAACGAAGACUCGGGCUCCGACGAGGAGUUCUAUGACGUCUCCAAGAACCCCUUUCUCGACCCGGAGGUCGCGGCCCACUGGCGGCAGGUCUACGAGGAUGCAAAAUACGAGUGCCGCCAUGUGCUGGACCCGACUUUGACGUGGACGGAGGAGGAGGAGAAGCGGAUUGUCCGGAAACUUGACUUGAGGGUCUGUACCUGGGCGUGUGUCAUGUUCUUUGCCCUGCAAGUCGACCGCGGGAACCUCGCGCAGGCCGUGUCUGACAACCUACUGGACGACUUGGGACUCAACACGAACGACUACAACUAUGGCAAUGUCAUCUUCCGGGUCGCCUUCCUCCUUGCCGAGCUGCCGUCGCAACUGGUGUCCAAAAAGAUCGGGCCGGACCGGUGGAUUCCCAUCCAGAUGGUCAUCUGGUCCGUCGUGGCCAUCUCCCAGUGCGCCAUGACAAACCGGUCGGGCUUCCUCGCGACCCGCGCCUUGCUUGGCCUGCUCGAGGGUGGCUUCAUUCCAGACAUUGUGCUGUGGCUAUCGUACUUCUACACCUCCCGCGAGCUGCCCAUCCGGCUGAGCUACUUCUGGACGACGCUGUCGCUGACAACAAUCAUCACCUCGCUGCUGGCGUUCGCCCUUCUCCACCUUCGCGGCGUGCACGGCUGGGCCGGCUGGAGGUGGCUGUUUCUGGUGGAGGGCCUAAUCACGCUGAGCGUCGGCCUCGCGUCCUUCUUCAUGAUGCCGGCCUCUGCCGUGCAGACCAAGACGUGGUUCCGCCCCAAGGGCUGGUUCACCGACAGGGAGGUGGCCAUCGUGGUCAACCGCGUGCUGCGGGACGACCCGUCCAAGGGCGACAUGCACAACCGCGAGGCCGUCACGCCGCGCCGGCUGUGGCAGGUGCUUAAGGAGUUCGACCUGUGGCCGCUGUACGCGCUCGGCAUCCUCUGCUUCAUCCCGCAGAACCCCCCUGGUGCGUACCUGACGCUGACGCUGCGGACGCUGGGGUUCGACCCGUUCACGACGAAUCUGCUCACGAUUCCCAGUACGGUCAUCCACAUCUUUACUCUGAUCCUGCUCACCCGGCUGUCCGAGUGGCUCAACGAGCGGACGUUGACCGCGAUGCUGCAAAACGUCUGGACGCUGCCGUGCAUCAUCGCGCUGCGCUUCUGGCCGGGCGUCAUCCACAACGCGUGGGGCACCUAUGCGCUAAUCACGGUGUUGCUUUCGUAUCCCUACUGCCACGCCAUCAAUGUCGCAUGGGUUUCCAAGAAUUCCAACACUGUCGGCUCGCGUACCGUCGCAUCGGCCUUGUACAACAUAUCGGUACAAAUCGGCGACGUGAUCGCCAGCUUCAUGUACCUCGACUACGACAAGCCGUAUUACCACGACGGCAACACCAAGCUGCUGGCCAUCAACAUCCUGACCAUCUUCCUGUUCCUGUUCACCAAGGUGUACUACGUGCUGCGCAACAGGUACAAGGAGAAGGUCUGGAACUCCAUGACGGAGGCCGAGCGGGCCGAGUACAUCAGGAACAGCCCUGUGAGGGGCACUCGGCGGCUGGAUUUCCGGUUGGCGCACUGAUGUGUCGCUUGACAGGCGGUCAGCAGAUAGAGUGGUGGGUGCGAAAAGUCCGCCUGGGCUUCCAGGUAACCAUACGCGUCCGUGUACGGCGCAUGGGGGGUGACAGAGACAAUCUGUUUUGGAGAGCCGAGGGCAAAUCAGUGGCUGAGCUAGAGUCGGAGAGAAGAGGAU